UUUUCUUUUUUCACCCGCGCGAAAAAACAAUUUCUUUCGCUGCGUUCGCUUCCGAAUUAUUAUAUUCAGAGCGGUAAUCAUCUUCGAAUAUAAUCUUCAUAAUCGGUAUAUCUGCAUUCGUAUGUGAAUAACAGCAGGAGAACCCGGUGACACAAAGUGAUGGAAACCAAGGAUGGAGAAGAAAUCCAUAACUGUUCGAUCAAGCUGAGAAAUUGUCCCAAGAGGCGAAGGGAUAAGGUUUACAUUGGCUGUGGAGCAGGGUUUGGUGGUGACAGGCCUUUGGCUGCUCUUAAGUUGCUCAGAAGAGCCAAAGAACUAAACUACCUGGUGCUUGAAUGCCUGGCAGAGCGUACUCUUGCUGAUCGUUAUCGAAUCAUGGUUUCUGGAGGCGAUGGGUAUGAUUCGCGGAUAUCUGACUGGAUGCAUACAUUGCUGCCUCAAGCUACAGAGAGAGGAACUUGCAUAAUUACCAAUAUGGGUGCAAUGGACCCGCUGGGUGCUCAAGCAAAAGUCUUAGAAAUAGCUAGCAGCCUGGGGCUUAAUGUUUCUGUUGCUGUUGCUCAUGAGAUAUCCACCGCCAGUUUAGGUUCAGGAUGCUUACCUGAGAGAUUGCAUAACAUGGAGGGUGGUGUCAGCACCUACCUGGGAGCAGCUCCUAUUGUUCGUUGUCUUGAAAAGUACCAACCAAAUGUGAUAAUCACUUCAAGAAUUGCUGAUGCUGCUUUAUUCUUGUCACCUAUGGUUUAUGAGCUGGGUUGGAAUUGGGAUGACUUAAAUCAACUAGCACAAGGAUCUCUGGCUGGGCACCUUCUAGAGUGUGGCUGCCAACUCACUGGUGGAUAUUUCAUGCAUCCAGGAGACAAGUAUCGAGAUAUACCCUUUGAGAAGCUACUGGAUUUAUCACUUCCUUAUGCUGAAGUUUGUUUUGAUGGACAAGUGUGUGUAGCAAAGGCGGAAGGUAGUGGUGGAGUACUAAAUUUCGGUACAUGUGCUGAACAACUACUUUAUGAGGUUGGAGAUCCUGGUGCUUAUGUGACCCCUGAUUUAGUUGUUGAUUUUCAGAAUGUUACUUUCCUUCCAAUUUCAAGCUGUAGUGUUCUCUGCAUUGGGGCAAAACCCUCCAUUAAACCAGUUCCUAAUGAACUUCUGCAGUUGGUUCCAAAGGAGUGCGGAUGGAAGGGAUGGGGAGAGAUAUCUUAUGGUGGCUAUGAAUGUGUCAAACGUGCUAAAGCUGCUGAAUUUUUGGUUAGAUCAUGGAUGGGAGAAUCGUUUCCCAAUCUUAACUCCCAAAUUCUUGCUUAUAUAAUUGGAGUUGAUAGCCUAAAGGCUACCAGCAUUGAUGCAAAUUCUUCAUCCUGGGAGACUAGUGAAGAUAUAAGGUUACGGAUGGAUGGACUGUUUGCACAGAAGGAACAUGCUGUCCAAUUUACUAGAGAAUUUACGGCAUUGUAUACAAAUGGGCCUGCUGGUGGCGGUGGUAUCAGUACUGGAGUGAAGAAAGAAAUUCUUCUAGAAAAGAGAUUGGUUAGGCGAGAGGAUGUUUUCUGGCGAAUUGAUGUGAAGAGCUGCAGGACAAGCCCUUCAGAUAAAGUGGUCGUUCCUGAAUGCAAUCUGACUCAUACAUUGAUAUGGCCAAUACAUGUACAAGCUGAAACUGACAAUUCUUUCUCAGAAUUAGCUUCACCUGCCCCUUCUGGCCAGAAGAUUCCUCUGUACCGCUUAGCCCACAGCCGAGCUGGUGAUAAAGGAAAUGAUUUAAACUUUUCUCUUAUCCCACAUUUCCCCCCUGAUGUUGAGAGGUUGAAGCAGAUUAUCACGCCCCAGUGGGUAAAAGCAGUGGUCUCUCCUCUUUUGAAGUUGUCUGCUUUGGACUUAGAUGCAGGAAGUGAAAGAUACAGAUGGAUGAAUGAUAAUGUUAAGGUAGAGAUAUAUGAAGUCAAGGGAAUCCAGUCGUUGAAUGUUGUUGUCAGAAACAUCCUAGAUGGUGGCGUCAACUGCUCUCGAAGAAUUGAUCGCCAUGGAAAGACCAUUUCAGAUCUCUUUCUCUGCCAACAAGUAGUAUUGCCUCCAUGAUCGUGUCUGCCAUUGGAUGACCUUGGCCUCAUGAGUUUUACCCAUUACGACAGUUUCCUUAUUUUUCUGUAUUUGUCCAGACUAAAUCCCCUAGAGGGCAUUAGUUUUCAUUUGUUGUUGAGAGCAGUAAUAAGGUUUGAUCAUCACAAAAUAUGUUCAAGCCUGGAACUUGCUUUGCUUGAAGCAGGCUAGUAUAGUCUUUUUAACGUUUUUUUUUUUUUUCCCUUGGGUAAUAGUCUUUUUGAUGUUGAAAACUUGAAAUUGAACCAAUGGGUGGAAAUGGAAGGAGCACAUAAGCAGGAGGAUACACCUGAUAUCAGUUUACAUAUUAUUUGACAUUUAAUAUGAGUGGUUUAAAUUUUAUUA